AAACAAAGUACUCGAUAGUCGAUAUACCGGUAGUUUUUUGAGCCGAUAUACCGAGUACCCGGUAUUCCCACGAAACUAUUCGAUUCAUUUUAUACCGAGUACUUUUGUUGAAUAUCGAAGACCACUAAUAAUAAUACUAAUAAUAACAAAGUGACUUAACAAUUGCCAUCAACUUUGUGGUUGGACAUUAUCAGGCAGUUUGCAAUUUGCAUAUGUCAUUGCUUUAUUAAAUUGUAUUGCUUGUACUGGUAAAUUCUUGUGUUUCUAUUUAUCAAUAAUCAUAAUUUCAAUUUAUUAUUACAAUUAGAAUCAUAUUAAUUUUUUUAUAAUAAAUAAAACCAUCAUCAAUAAUAUGUACAUUUAUAUACAUAUAAAAAAAAACAGUUUUAGUUGUGUGAAUCAAUAACAAUAAGAGCAAAUAAAAGUGCAAUAUAUACCUAUAUAUUUUAAUAUAUAUAAAUGAAGUUGCAUCUGAGGAGAAUAAAUAAUAAAAAAAAUAAAAAACAGUAUAUAUUUACUAUAGUUAAUGCUAAAUUACUAUAUAUAAAAUCUUGAAAUUUUUUUUUAUGAUAUUGAGUUCAUCGACAAAGUUGUGUUAAGUAGAAUUUUUUUUUUAUUAUUUGCUACAUUUGGUUUUAUCAAAAUAUAUAUUGAUAACUAUUUUAAUCAUUAUUAUUAAUUAAUAUUUAUAUAACAAUAAUAUAUAAAUUUUUAAUGAUUUUAUUUUUGUUCUAAUAAGGAUAUAUUAAUAUGAUAAGUAUUAAGCAAUUAAAAAAUACAAACAAGUCAAUAAAAUUAAUAACUAUAUGCUAGAAUUAAAAAAAAUUGUAGCUAAAAUGUUUGAAUCACCAAAUAGCUUGCAGGAUGUUUGUAUAGAUUUUAUUUGUGAUAAUGUACUUGCUCUGUGUGAGGUACAACCAGGUGACAAUAUAACAACUGGUUUAACAACAUCAACUGUUGACAAUAAAAAAUGUUUGACAAAUGGAAUUAGCAAUAACACUAGUGCAACAACAAUAAGGUCUAGUGUCAGUAAUAAUUUUCCAUUAAAUAAUGUAACAACAAAUGGAUCAGUAACAAGAUUAAAUUUUAAAGAUCCAGAUGUUUUUUUACCAGCUCAAAUAUCAGAACAAUUACUAGCAAGACUAUGUGAAAAAAAUGCAUUAACUGAUUUAACAAUUACACUGUUUGAUUCGACAACAACGAGACUAAGAUACGUAAGACUUAAAGAUGCAUCAAGUUUAUCAGCAAAAGGUUUAAAAGUCUUAAAACAACAUAAAGUUGUUGAUUUAGAAAUAAAUGGCCUAAAAAUAACAAUAAAUGAUUUAAUUGGAUGUCUUGGUGAUUGGAGUUUACAAAAUUUAAGAUCAUUAAGUGUUGCAAAAGGAAGUUUUAUUGAUUGUUCAAGAGUUUGUGUAUUUUUGGCAUUAAGUAAAUUACGUGCACUUCAUACAUUAAAUGUAUCUGGUACAGAAUUCAAUAGACAUGGAUUAGAAAUUGUUGUUGAAGAUUUGCCAUUUUUAGAAAAUCUUGAUAUAUCAUGUACAAGAGUUGAUGAUAUAACACCAUUAAAAAAAUGUAAAGAUCGUUUAAAAAGUUUAUCAAUGUAUAAUCUUAAAAUAAGUGGUUAUGGUAAUUUAAAAUCAGUAUUGUUGGAAUUAAAUGAAUUACGAAAUCUUGAUAUAUCUGAUGAACGUGAUUCUUAUACAUUUGAAAUGUUUGCACCAGUUAGAUCAAAAGUUACUGAUUUAUUACGUGCAAUUCAUUGUAUGCCACAUUUAGCAAGUCUUGAUAUAUCAGGAAAAGAUGAAAUUGAUGUUAAUGAUUUAAAAGAAUUUAUAAAAUCUCAUCCACGUUUAGAAUUCAUUGGACUUGUACAUUCAGAUGUUUGUUAUGAUGAAAGUUUAAUAAAUCCAUUAAAUAUUGAUUAUAAACCAGAAUUAAUGGUUAGUGGUAUGGCAACUGAGGCACAAAUACUUGAAGCAUUGAAAAGAUAUCCACACAGACCAAUUUAUGUACAAAAAUGUUUGUACAAUUUAUUUCGUUUAACACCACAUUUUAAUGAAGCACGUGUUGAUGUUAUUAAACUUGUUAUUCCUGGUAUGAAAGCACAUCCAGAAGAAUUUCGUGUACAAAUGGCUGCAACAGCAUGUUUAUAUAAUUUAACAAAAGGUGAAUUAGCAACAAAAAUACAUCCAUCUGUAUUAAAACAAAUUGUUGAUUUAACAUUAAUUGCUAUGGAAUCAUAUCCGAAUCAUUAUCAAUUACAAAAAAAUACAUUACUUACACUAUGCAGUGAUAGAAUUCUUCAAGAUGUUGCAUUUGAUAAAUACAGAUGUGCUAAAUUAGUUAUGAAUUGUCUUUCUGCAUUUGAUGAUGCUUCAAUGAAUCGUAUGUCUGUUGCAAUAUGUUCAAUUUUAGCAGCUAAAAUAUCAACUGUAGAAACUUCAAUGUUAGGUGCUAAACCACAAUAUAUGGCAAAAUUACUUUCUAUGGUUAGAUCAAAAGCUCAAUCAAAAUCAGUUGAUAUUACAAUGCGUUUUACUCUAAGUGCAUUAUGGAAUUUAACUGAUGAAAGUGCAACAACAUGCAAGGUAUUUCUUGAAGAGGGUGGAAUGGAACUAUUUCUUGAAGUGCUUGAAAGUUUUCAAGGCGAAUCAAGUAUUGAAACUAAAGUUCUUGGUUUAUUAAAUAAUAUUGCUGAGGUUGGUCAAUUGAGACAACGACUUAUGCAGUCACGUUUCAUCACAAUGCUUUCAAUACUAUUGGACUCAAAUCAUAUUGAUGUGUCGUAUUUUGCGGCUGGAAUUGCAGCACAUUUAUUGAGUGAGGGUCAACGUGCAUGGGCAACUGGAUUGUCAUUAAUAACAAGAAAACAAUUACUUGAUCAGUUAGCUAAAGCAGUUACAAAUUGGAAAACACCACAAGGUGAAAUGGUUGCUUACAGAAGUUUUCAACCAUUUUUUCCACUUUUAAAAUGUUCUGAUGCUUAUCCUGUACAAUUAUGGGCUGUCUGGGCAAUUCAUCAUGUUUGUACCAAAAAUCCAAAACGAUAUUGUUCAAUGCUGAUAAAAGAAGGUGGUUUAGAAAUAUUAAAACAACUCGAACAAGAUAAUAAUGAUGAAGAAACACAUAUGGAUGUCAAAAGAUUGUGUCAGGCAAUAUUAGAUACUCUAGCAUUCCAUUCAGCUUGCUAAAAACAACAAUAAUGUUGGUACCCCUAGUCAAUUUAAAUUUUAUUGUGCAACUUUCAUGAUAAUCCUGCAACAAUUUGGGAUUCAACAAGAAAAAAAACCUAUAAUUUAAUCAUUUUUCUUUUUUACUUAUUAAUAUUUUAUACAGGAUAUUAUGUUUCAAUUUAUAUACACAAACUAUAUAUCUUCUAUUUUAUUUAUUAAUAUUAUUAUUUUAUCAAUUGAAAUGACAUGACCUGUGUAUUAUAUUUCCAUGUUAUAUACUUAUAUAUUAUAUUUAAAUAUUAUUAGACUACUUGAAAUUGAUAGAAAUUAAUAAAAUUUUGUCCUAAUUUAUCUUUUUUAAAAAAAGAACAAAUAUUAUAUAAAAUGUUAACAAAAUUAUAAAGCUUUUAGAUAAUUUUUUUGAACCGUUUAGUGCCCACAAUGCUAUGUAUGGCACUUGAAAAAAUUAUAUCUAUAUUUUUGCACACUUAUAUAAUUUUAUGUAGAAUAUUUUUUAAAAAUUUCACAAGCAUCAUGAAAAAAAAAAGUUCCCAAAUAAAAAAAAAAUAUUUUAUCAAGUUGCGAAAACAUAUAAAUACUGCUUCGAGCAAUAAAUGAAUAUAUCUAAUGUUGAAAAAAAAAAAUAGAAUUGAGUAUUUAAAAAAAAAUUAUUCCUUUGACAAAUAAAUUAAUUAAAAAAUUUAAACAUGCACCUACCAUUUAUGGAAUUUCACUUAUUGGAAGCUUCUUGAAGACGAAAAAUAAUGAUGAUUAGAUGAUUGAGUCACGAAUUCGUUUUGGAGAUGCUGACUUAAUAAUUAUAAAUACAAAAAAUUUUAUUUUUAUUUUUUUUUUUACUGACAAAAAAACUCUUUAUUCGUUAAGAUUGGUUUUACAUUCACAAUUCAUAUUUAUGCCUUAAAUAUCCUCUAUGUCUUUUUUCCUUUUUUUUUUUUCUUUUCUCUUUUUUUCUUUUAUUCCAUUAAAUUAAUUUACGAUUUUUUUUUCUCUAUGAUGACUCAAAUGAUUUGACUGCUACUAUACAGGUAAGUGUUGAAAUACGUUUUUUGGAAUGAAUUUUUUUUUUUUUUCUUUGUAUUUUUUUUUUUUUUUCACAGAACUGAUGGAGAUGAGAAGUUGCACCGCACCUGGAAAAUACUUAGCGAUCUGGGAAUAACAUGAAUAAAGACAUGCUACUACAAAUCAAUCGACUUAAUCUCGCCAUGUGAUUUACAAACCCGCGCAGAAAUUUAAAACAUGGCGAGUAUAUGAAUUGUUUUUUUUUUCUUUUUUUUUUUAUUCUACAGUAUACGAAUUUUUUUUACAGAACUUUAAUUUUUUAAAUCAACAAUGCAAAUUAAUCAAAUUUAAACCCGUAAAAACAUUCAAAACCUUGUCGAUUUAUUAUGUUUUUAGUAAAUUAAUUUUUUUUUUUUAAAUAAACAUUAAAUUACAUGACAUACACUGGAAUAUCGGUAGUGCAGUUCAAUUAAUUAUUAUUUUUUUUUUUUCAUUUUUUCUAUUUUUUUCACUAUACAUGUGAUUUUAUGUUAAUAGUAAUUGGUGUUUCAGAUACUAAUUUAGACGUACUUAACGGUGAAAAAAAAAAAACAAAAAAAAUUAAAACAAAAAAAACCUGUAUUUAGAUGUGAUAUUGCAAACUCAAAAGCGUAACUAUAAAAAGCAUUAUUACAUAUUAAUUAUUAUUAUGAAUAAUUGGUAAUUAAGUGGGUUAGUAUUAAAUUAAUUGAACCACAGCAAUGAAUUG